UUGCCCUUAGUACCACUAGAAAUUUAGCAUAAAAAUCUUGUGAGGCAAGGAGGAUUAAUGAUGGAGAGAAGUGAAACCUUUGAUUUAAUUCUAGAUAUCUGAUAGCACAGCCCUGUAAGUGAUUGUAUUUCUUUAGUUCUUAUUUCAUUGAUAUUUGACUCAUUUUCUUAUUGCGAAGGUUCUAGGUCGUGUUUGUGUUCACCUUCUAUGUUUUCCAUGAGAUCUUCAGUUUUUUUUUUAAUGUGAAUGUGUUUUCAUAAGUCUCUUUGAAUAAUUUGGUGACAUUUAUAAGCUUGAGGUCAAUGCUUGCUGAAGACAUGCUGUCCUUGACGUAAACUUGUGGUCGACUUCUUGGUUUACACUUUGGCAUGUAAUUACUUUUCAUGACUUCCUAUAUUCUGGCUAAUUGAAUGAAUUGAUGCCUUAAACCUUAAAUGAUCUUUGCUGUGAUUGAUAAGAGAUCUCUGCAAAUUCCAAACAGAUAAUUGAACAAUCUUGAUUGUGAUCCUCAAUUCUUUAUAGUUUCUAAUUUUCUAUACUCUCUAGGUCCACCUUAAAGGAAUGGCCUAGUUGACAUAUCAUCUAAAAAAGAUUCUGUGGUUGGUAAAACAAUCAUCUGCAUACUGAACUAGUGAUGACAGAUCGCAAUAUAACAUAAUAUGCUCUACUCAGUUAGUUAUUUUAAGUAGAUUUUUAUUUAAUCAAGGAAUGGAAACCAACCAAGUUAACUUUCCAGAGGUUAAGUGAAGGCAGCUGGAGAGCAGGAUGCUUUCUUUUAUUAAUGAUUAACUAAGAUAAUUUCAGUUAUUAAUAGAUUUUCACUUAGAACUGUUUGGGUAUUCAUAAAUAUAAUGCUUAUAUGCAGCUUUCCAUGUAAAAUAAAAUUGGAAUAUGGAAAAUAAAUCAUAAAAUGGUAUCCAGAGUCAACCUUUCCUGAAAUGCAUAUGUUCAUGCUUUCCUUGCCCACUCUCUCCUUCACUAGCUACAAUCAAUUGGCUGCCAAGAUUACACAACUGUGGAUUUGUGCCCAGAAACUAUAAGCUGCCCUUUUACUGUAGCUACCACGCACUCAAAUGCAAGACAUAUGUUUUUUUCCGCUGUUGUAUUUUACUGUAUUUUCUGCUUCCAUCUAUCUUUUCUUUAAGGUGCCGAAGGAUGAUAGAAAAUAAGGAUUAACUUUUAUCGUGUUUAUAGCUUGAUUAUAUCUGAAUUUUGUAAGCUUAAUAGUGUUUUCUUUGUAAGAUUGAGUUCUAGACAUUUGCUAGUGCAACAGUCUUGCACUUUGAGUGUGGGCCUUGGCGCAACAACAAGCUUGCUUCAUUGUGAGUUGGGUGUUAUGAGUUGGAAACAUGGAAACAGCCUUUCUCUGGCAGGGGUGAGGCUGCAUACAUCUAACCCUCCUUAGAUCCUACAGUGGUGGGAGCCUUGUGCACUUUGUACAGUUUAUAAUUAGAUGUUUAUCUGUUAAAAAGGAAGUUAUAUUUCAUACAAAGGAAGCUUAAGAUAAACUAAUAAAAGCCUUCCCCUAGUAUUAUUCUUCCCUUAAGGACUCGUGUUGUUCACAUGCUAAGAGUUUGCUGAAGGAGAGAUUCUAUUGCAGAAUCACCCUAGAAAUUAUUGUGAUGUUGAGUUCUACGUGCAGUGGAGUUAAAUUUCUUUAAGAAUAGGAACCCCUUUUUCUUUUAUAUUCUGUCUUUUUUCGGUACUAGACUAGAAAUUUACACCUGAUAUUGGACAUAAUAUUCCUGUUUUUUCAUCAAAAAAAAAAAAAUUCCUAUUUAUAUGAAGUUUUAAUAAUUGUCGACUAUGAACUGCUCCAUGAUUGAAAUUGGAACUUGAUGCUAGACUUUCAGUGCUGAAAUUACUAAUCAUAAAGGACUACCAAGGAUAUAUGAGAUCUGAUAGCCCUAUUAUCAGUUCUUCAUCAGGACCCUUCUACAUAUCACUCUUACAUGUUUUAUCACAUUGAAGCAGCAUUUCAUUUGAGCAUACAGCCUAUAACUCAAAUGCUUCUUUGCUUUCCCUCAGUGCCCUUUUCUCUCGUCUUUUGCAUUAUUACAACAUGGUCUUCUUUACUGAUUAUUUUUGCAUGCUUGCACAUACACAAUGCUGUUCUGCAAGACCCAGAUUCUAUCACUAAAUCAUAGGAACUAAUUACAUCUGAAUAUCAUAACUUGAGUCAACUUGAAGCUAGAUCAAAUCCUGAAGGAAGUCUAAAUAUUCAGAACUUGAUGAGUAAAUCAUUUUAUCAACUAUACAGAAAUUCUUUUGAGUGUCGUACUUCAGCAUGGCUCUUUCUAAUAUAAUUACUUCCUCAUAAAUAAAUGUAUUUAUCUAUAUGACUUGCAUUCUACCCUCUACAUGUAGACUCUUUCCAACUCUAGGGGAAUCCAUGGAUUUAUGAAUCGCAUGUCUCUAAGCUGCCAGCUUGGCACUGGCACAAUAUGUACCGUGCCAUGCUGUGCCAGUGCUUAGCACACUUGGCAUGCCAAGCACUAGGAAACAUUUAGUAUGGUGCCAGUAAGGCCUCGACACAGUAUGUAAUGUAUCACAUUGACCAAAUUUCUUCUUCACCAAAUACCAAGGACCAUAUAGGUCAUAGGGGAUGUGAAUCCACCUGCCCAAUAGUUUUUUCCUUUUUGUGUCUGUAUUUAUUUAUGCAUGAAACAACUCAUGCUGGUUGACACUUUAAUUCAUGUGGGAGUCUUAGACAGUUAUUUUCUUGUUUCACGACUUCAUAGUUAUUGAGAUAGAUGUGAUUACCUGCCAAAAAGCCUUGAAAAAUUAAAACAUUAUCCAUAUAUGUUUUGGCAUAUUGAUUGCCUAGUUGUUGGAAUAAAAGGUUUUUGAGAUCAUGAUCCUUGAAAAAGUAAGUGACAUUAGCACAGAAAUUGUGUACAUACAACAUGAGUCAAAGGCAAAUUAUAAGAAGUCUAGCUUCUCCCACCCUUCUCUUCUUUGCCCCUAGCCAUCCCUAAAUCCUAUACAAUCCCAACAAUCUCUAUCUUUUACUAUGAUAUGUUUGAUAGAUCUCUUUGAUAAUCUAAACUGUACCAACUUAAAAGAAGGAUAUGAAGGAUCUUACUCAUAAGAUGAAUUUAUGUGGUUGCAAAAAUUUUGCUGGGUGACUCUGGUUGAAUGGAAUAUUUGGUCUUCUUGUUGUUAUAACAUAGUAAUCCAAGAUUUAUAGUUUAUCUUUCAAGUUCGGUUGUUAUGCAUUAUUUUUUGGCUUUUCUUGUACAUGGCUGUUCGUAGUGUGCUUUCUUGAAUAGAAGCAACAGAUCAUUUUGCUAUUGGAAGGGAUUUUUUUUGACAUCUCAAGAACCAAUCUGAUCCAACCUGAUUUUGGUUGGAUGGGUUCAGCUUGGUUCCAACAAGGAUUGUUUCAGUUUCACUUCCAAAACUGAGAACUGAUUGGGAUGGGUCUGAUACUUAGUUGGCCCCUAACUGGAACUAAUCCGACAUCUAGAAUCAUUCUGAUCGAGGUCUUAUCAUUCAGAAUCUUCUACUUGGCGCAUGGAAUCUACUUUGAAUUCUCUCCAAAAAUUUGUCUUUCCCACCUAGUUGCAAGGUUCUUGCUUGUUCUAAGGACCCUUGACCUCGAUAUAUCUGCUUCUUUGCAGCCACAGACAAAUCCUCCAGUUCCCUAAUUAAGCAGCCAUCUCAUGCAACCUUUCCCUAUUCAAGCAGUUAAGAUCUAGAUGUAAAAUUCCGAACUUUUUUUUUUUAAAUCAAAGCUGACCAAAAUCUAAAAGAAUAAGUGAAACACAUUUCCUUUUUCCCCCAUCAAAUUGGUCAAGGAAAAAUUGCAAACUAAUUUGUAGAUGUAUCUUUGUAUAUGGUAAAUUUGAAUCUCUGGCUUGGGUAUCUUGAAUUGGGCUUUCUGGCAGAUAAGAAGCAAAAUUGUCAUUGCCCUUCCUGUUAGUACUAACCUUUAUUUUCUUUAUUGCAAAGAAAAAAGAGGUUAUCAUCUUUGUGACCUUUUCAAGUGUUUAAUAAAAAUUUUUUGUGUUUGCAUUUAGGGAAAGGGAAAAGGUAAGCUGAAAAUGCUGGAGAUAUUUAUAUAGGCCUCCACUGUUAGCCCCAAAAACUAUCAACUGUAGGUUUGUGACCUGUUGUAAGUUUGCAGGCCGGUGGUUUCCUCUCAAUGCUGCAGCUUAUAUGUUUGUGUACGUAUGGAAUUGAUUAAUAUUUUGUUAAUGAUUUCCACAGCUCUUCUACGAAAGAUGGCACAAGUGAUGGUUUAUGAUGGAUACCCACAUUUAACAGAUAUUUUCAUUUUUCUCUGGAAAAAUUGCGAAAUCUGCAUGAUUUAGAUUAAUGUUGAACAUUUGAUCGCAUGAAAAUGCGGUGAAGAUAUGUUGGGUGUUUCAGGAACUUGGUUCGACUUUUCUAGUAUGGUGGUAUUAAGUACACGUAGAGAUUCAGUUUAGAAUCUGUAGCUUAUUGGUUUAUUUGGCUAUCAGAAUAUCUCUCCGGAUUCAUGAUAAGUUUCCUUGGUCUCAAUAAGAAAAAACGGGUCUCAAUAAGAAAAAGUAAACAUGAUAAGUUCCUAAAAGACUUGUAAUCUACUCAAGGUUGACUGUGAUAAAUAUACAAAUACAUAAUUCAUUUUGUAACAACAAAAUAACAAAGAAAAUCAUUGACUUUGUUUUCUGAAUUGCUAUUAUUUUAAUGAGUCAAGGAUUCAAGGUAUGGAGAGCUAAAGAGGCUGUAUCUAUCUGAGUUGUUGCAUUCCCUUCUUUGUUGUCAGAUUUAAGCAUAUAGCUGACUUUGACAUUCCAAUGUUGGACCACCGAUAAACAUUUUUCAUGGGUUGGUUGCUGUUAUCCAGUGCAUGAACCAAUUUUGAUGUUAACUUAUCUCGUCUGGAGAGGAUAUAUGCCCCGUCAUUAGCUGUCUUUAAGUUGAUGAGCCGAAAGGCAGUGAGUUAAAUAGACAUGGUUUCUGAAUUGCUUGCUGGCAGCAACAAAAUGGUAUAUAAAGCAUGGAUCCGUUGACAAGCAUUUAAGCCAAAAGAUCCUGUGCACGUUUCUUCAUGUUCGCCACAUAACGAAAGAAACAACCGACCAAGUUGCAAUAAAAGCCUGGUCGGCACCGGCAGAUGGCAGCUUCCUUCAACUAUCUUAAAGCGGAAAAGCAUGAUCCGGUGUAGACCAUGUGGAGGUUUUUCAGUUUCCUUUUCUUCUGAAUUCUCUCCUAACACCAAUCUUUCUUUGUGUGCAAGGCAGGAAAAGGUUUCAUCCGGAAGCAGUCAAGUUGCGCCCAACGUUUCACACCCGAAGCCACUGGAAGCUUUCAAGCAAGCGGGAGGCUGCUUCCUUGAAGUCUCUCUUUUUAGAUGUAAAAGCGCUUCCUCUGGCGGUCUUAACAUGAGGAUCCAACUCAGAGUACGCCUUCUAGAUUAUUAAAGAAAUAGUUCGGAGAAAGGGAUUGUUGUACGUCAUCCCCCUUCGACUUGGAGGCAAAGGAAACUAUUUAUUCUGGAAGCCCAGCAGGAGGAACAAACAGCCCCCUAUCGAUAGAUUGGAGACGCGCAAACAAGGAGGAGAAAUUCCGAGGAAGGGAUGACGACGAAGCAACACAACGGCGAGAGAAGUCUUCCCAAGAGGAUCAUCCUGGUGAGGCAUGGAGAGAGCCAGGGGAACUUGGACAUGGCGGCCUACACGACCACCCCGGAUUAUAGGAUCCCCCUCACCAGGCUGGGCGUCGAGCAGGCCCGGGCGGCAGGGCGGCGGAUCCGGCAUGUGGUGUCGGACGGCGGGCAGGCGGCGAACUGGAAGGUAUACUUCUACGUGUCACCCUAUGAACGGACACGGUUGACGCUGAGGGAGAUUGGCAGGGCGUUCUCGAAAAAGAGGAUCAUUGGGGUGAGGGAGGAGUGCAGGGUCAGGGAGCAGGACUUCGGGAAUUUCCAGGUGGAGGACAGGAUGAAGGUGAUCAAGGAGACCCGGGACAGGUUCGGCCGCUUCUUCUUCCGUUUCCCCGAGGGCGAGUCUGCUGCCGAUGUCUACGACCGUGUCGCCAGGAUGGAGAAUGAUAUCCUCCUGAUGAGGACGAAGCGAACGGCAUCGGUGAUCUUGCAGCUAAAGGCAGUGGAGGGUGGGGGAGGAUGGGUUGGAGAGCGAGAAGUGGGCAUUCAUGGAUUACAAGGGGUAGCUGGUUUUGACGAAGCGGUCAGUGAGGACAGUGGAGGUGGUGAAGGAGGGGCGGCAGUUGGCGAAGGAUGGUCGGCUGCUGCUGAGGUUGGCAUUGGAGUCUUAGCUACUGCCGAGGGCCGCCCUCUUGGGGAGGUCGGUGCUGGAGGCCUUGGAUAACUCCCAACGUCCUUCCUCCUUUGAGCGUCACAUGCGGAGCUGCUCUCCGUAUAUCGGGAGGUAGAUGGUGACUGAGGAUGUAGACAAUGCUUGUGGAGGGUGUCAUUCCCUGUAGAGAGAAAAUUGAGUGCUUGGCGGAGAGGAGCGGCGCUUGGGGGGCAGAGGAUGCUCAAGAGAGUGUCAAAGGGUGGAGAGCUCGACGGAACGGAGUGACACUUCGGAAAGAGGGUAUCUAGGAGAAAUUAUUGAUUAGAUGAUGUACUGGUUUGUUAUUGGAUGGUACAAAGUAACGUGGUAGAACUAUUCAAACCAAUAAUUUCUUUGUCAUCUGAGGUUCCAUCUCAUGAGAUGGGUUGGAGCUCUCUCUUCCCCUUUUUUUUUCCCUAUGCUGAGAUGGCUUGAUAGAUAUAUGUGGUGGAAAAGAAUUGGCUUGGUGUACCGCCAAGUUGAUAACAGACUUAGGAUAUAGUUUCUCCUGGGAGAGGCGGCUCUUUGUUUAAAAA